AUGUGGUUUGACUUGAACAAGACCAAGAAAAGACCAAAUGCUGUCAUUAAAUUAGUUAAUCGUGAUAGCGGGACUCGAUUUGGGCUCUCUUCACCUGAUGUUCAUGCUGGAGAUGUUAAUGUAAGCAUUUUAAAAACUCCUCAUGUUGUACUACCUAGGACAGUUUAUAAUUCUAAAGGUGGUAAAGAGUUUAUUCCUGGUGCUGUUUUUAGGAAAAAGACAGUCAGGAGGAUUGGGAGUCCUGCUAUGAUUAAGUUUAAGUAUUGUGAUGGUGGAAAGUAUAUGGUUUAUUUCUUUCAUGAAAGCCAUUGUCAUCCCUUCUCAACUCCUACUACCAGACAGGUCACUAAACCAUAUGAUGGCUUAACUUGUGUUCAUAGGAAGUUUAUAUUUGAUAAUUCAAAGUUGAACAUUGGUGUUGUUAUGUCCUAUAGGAUGAUGAAAGAAUAUUGUGGAGGUUAUAAACAUGUGAGAGGAACUAAAAAUCAAUUUAAAAACUUUUCUCAUGGCUUAAAAGUUUAUAUUUCUGAAGCUGAUGGGGCUAUGUUUAUAGAAAAUCUUCAACAGAAAGUCAAAAACAGUAAUGGUUGUUAUUAUUUGGACUAUUGUGUUGAUGCAACUAGGCAUCUAACACGAGUUUUUUGGACUGAUCCCAUAGGAAGAAAGGACUUUCACUUGUUUAGGGAUUCCAUUUCUUUUGAUACCACAUAUGAUACAAAAAAAUACUCCUUAGUGUUCUGCCCUUUUACUGGAGUUGACCAUGAUAAACGAUGUGUCACAUUUUGUGCGGCCUUGUUAUCUAAAGAAGAUGUGGAAUCUUUUGUAUGGAUUUUUCAGACUUUUCUAAAGUGUAUGGGAAAUGAAACUUCUUGCCUUAUUAUUGACCAAAACCCUGCAAUGGGUAUUGCAAUACAAAAAGUUUUUACCAAAACGAAACAUUGA